UCUCUUCGAUGAUUCGUUCUCGACUAUCUUCGCAGCGUAUUUAAAUAUUCAUGGAAAUCCGGCGUAUAAACAAACGAAAACGGCGCGAUAACCUUUUUUCGUAAAGUCCACGGUAAGAAUUCCGAUUCCGGGAGCAGCCGUGUGUUUUUCUUAGACCGAAACGCGCCUCGAUGCUCCACUUUGAACAUUAUGCCAGCCAAUUAUUGCGAAACGCUGACUUGGCAAACGAUACUAACAGCAUAAACGGGCCGGUACGAGGACGACAUUAGCAGUGCGAAAGUAUCGACAUUAUGCCAAGCACGAAGGAUCCAUUCGGCGAGGAUGCGUCGCUCCUUUACCCGGACAAUCGCAAUGGAAGAUGUCAUGGAUUCGCUGGGACGCAUUUCGAAACUCCAAUAAUUAAAGGUGUUAUCAGCCAGCUGAGACGAUGGCCAACGGAUCUGUUUUACGCGUUUCUGGCAGCGUGCUUGGUAAUCGGAAGCCUGGUCUUGUUGAUCUUCUUCACGAUGGUUAUUUGCCUUCCCGCCGCCAUUGGUAACAGGUGUCCUAAUACUAAUUUCAGAUUGGAGGAAAUUUCGAUCAUCGACAUGAAAUCAUCGCCAAACGUUUAUUUCUUCAAAUUGGAGAACCACAAUUGGUCCACCAGGGAGUUUUGUUACAUCGAGACAGCCGCGCGAAGGCAUCCGGAUUUGGAUGUCUAUUUGAUAAACUUACUGAAAGAGCAGCCUUUUAAGGAAAACUCGACCGAAUCGAUAGCAAAUAAAACAAGACAGGAGCCCAAACUAAAUGGUUCUAUCGCGAGCAGCCAUCUUUCAAAAUUGACUCCGGAAGAGCAAUUUGAGGAACAGCUCGUGUUUGGAAAAUCGAAUAUAAAAAGGAUCAACGUGCCGAUCGACAAGUUCUUUAGACGUACGAAAUUGUCACAUAUCGCCAAACAUUUGAACGACGAGGUUUUAGAAAUGGCGGCGAAAGCACAGCUGCUUUGGACCGUACCAGGAAUAGCUCUAAAACCGGAAAUGUAUUGCGCUUUGGACACCAUGAAACGAUUUCUUUGCAACAGAAACAAAGACGAAUGUAUAUUAGACGCGCUUGCUACGAUCGAACUGGAAACCGACAUUCAGCUAACGGGAGUUCCGUGCCAGGCGUUCAUGGGAUUCCUCGUGCAGGAAAUAUCGAGGAACGACUUUAACGGGAGAUACACGUUAAUGGAAGCAGUGAGAACGUAUUGUCCAAGAUUGUACUAUUGCCCGGAAAUCAGAAUUCUCGACACGAAAACGAAAUGCUCGGCCGAGUCUUUGGACUGUCCUAUCGUUUACUCGAACGUCAUAGCGGAGGACAAUCUAAAUCCUGGAAGCUUCGUAACAUGACGAACGGCGUAUCAAUGUUUUAUUACAGAUUGUAUAAAUGUAGAUUUUAUAAUACAAUACAAAUAUUGUGUACAAUGUUUUGAAGCGGUCUGUCCCGUCUGGGCUUUCGAAUCUCUAGAAAUUUCGUUCGUACAUGUUUUUAUUUAAACGUUCUCAGCUCGUAGAGACGGAGUACGCCCAACCAUAUCCAGAUUUCUCCAACUAAAUACGAAAAUUUCAAACAUGUGAUCCAUUGGAGUGUUAAGCGGCAAGAAAUAUUUUCCAACUCUGUUCCAUACGAAUUUUAAAUAAUGGAACGUACGUAUUAACAACGCUGAUCCUGCCGCGUAAGAUAGAGCAGUUGGUAACGAACAAUUGGAAACGAACAGCCAAACGACUACGAUGGCGGCACUGACAUCAUACACCAGGUGAUCACGGCGUUCGACAUCGUUCGAAUAAUGAAUUAUAAGAUGCCAACCAGACCAACGACGCAAUGCAGAAACAAGGAAACGGGUACGAACUUGCAUUACAUUAUGGCGAUCGAGUUAAUUAAGCAACUUUCAACUUCUAAACAACGAUUACAAUCUCUAGCCUUUAAUUACCAAUUUAAAACUUUCAACUUCCAAUUCAGCGCUUUCUGUUUAACAAGUUGAAAUCAAAAAUUAUACCAACUUUUCUACCAAUAUCGGUAUCUAGUUUUUUUUUUAAAGCAAUUACUAGUACUUUUCGUUAGUUCCCUCGGACGUGGAAAGAGAUCUGAAAUUAAUGACUUCUAUCCUGGGAAUAGAACAUUACACUUUAAUCAUGCUAGGAGCGAUCACGGUAAGCAACUCGAGCGAAGUUUCUUUCUAAAUUUAACGUUUUCGAAUGAUAUCUUUCUAGGAAUAUCCGAUGUUGCACACACCCUGGCUAUUAAUGCAGCUGUGCGUCAUUAUCGUAGAAGUGAUUGUAUUCUGCGUGAGGAUGUUUCUGGACGGGCUUCACAUGAAACGCGACGAAAUAUUGCUUUCUGUUCUGACCGUGCA